UCGGCCUCUGUAGAGCAGACAUGUCAGAGCCGAUGGGAGGUGUCAGAGGGAGAAAAGUAUGGCCACCCUUGGAAGCUGAUUGGACGGAUGGGGGGAAACAGAUGAUUGCGGCUGGUGAAGUGCGUCGAAAUUCCGCCGACAUCUAGUGUAGGCUAUAUCUGUGCAGAGAAAAGGUCUAGGUGAAUAACAGCGUGGAAGGCGGUCCAGCAGCGGAAGGGACGAAAUUUACGCCUCGGAGGUCUUCGGUUAUGGCCACUGCCUGCUCAGAAUCCAGUUAGGGCUGUAGUUAACCGCAUUUAGGCCCUUCGCUCCCCGUCGUCUCGCGGUUGCGAUUACCGAAUUUCACCAGCUCGCUGGCUGACGUCUCUCCGUCGUCUCGCCGUGUUGAACGGGACUCGCCUGCGGACUGGACUCGACUGGCGGUGGCUAGCGCAGACUAUCGAGGUAGUACGGUACUACUACGAGUAGCAGGAGCCUAAGCUGGUAGUAGUUAAUCGCCGUCCAUUGUAGCAAGCGCCGUCGAUGGCCACCUAUUAGAACACACGUUCGCAUCGCCGGCUGACCGCAGUAGUAGGCACAUCAGCUUCCGUCUACCGCCGCGGCCAGGAUCAACUUCUACCUACGCCGCCGCUGCCGUCGUCUACGCAAGUUCCGCAGUAUGACCGCAUCCGAUGCGUGGCAUACACGCGAUGUCACGCACCCGACCAUGUCGUUCACACACGCUGCCACGCCCCUACUAGGCAAGCGGAAGCCUCAGAGCAGUCAUCCCGAGCGGCACCGCCUGCUGCUGUGGCUGCUGGCACCGCUGCUCGUCGUCGCAGCGACGGUCGCCGGGCUGUCGCACUGGAGCUGCUCGUGCGACAGGAGCGACCUCACGGUGCUCAACGGCCGCGCGCUGCUCAAAGCGUCGCAGAAGAUCGCAGAGCUCUGGAAGGCGAGCGGCGAGAAGGGCGACCUGAGCGGGUAUCUGGCAGUGGGUAGUAGCGAGGACGCGUAUGUCGGGGACGGAGUUGGGUCGGGCGAGGUGGAUCCGUGGCGGUGCGAGGACGGCGGGGGGGGGUGGGGCGAUUGCGGUGGCGCGGCUGCUGUGAUGCUCGCUGAGGGCUCCCUGUCCGCGCGCGUGCGCGCGGUGUGUGCGGCGUACGCAGUGACGGCUCUCACCAGCAUGCCCAUCCUCUCCCUCUGGCCCUCCGACCGCCACAUGCCCUCCACGCGCUUCUCGCACCUCUUCUCCGCGUCGUCCCCUCCCAUCAACGCUAGCAGCAGCAGGGGGGACGCGGACGGGUGGGGAGUAAGCGGGGGGAAGGGCGGGGUGUGGGUGAGGGAUCUACCGGUGGCCAGUGAGAGGGUGCGGCGGCAGCUCGCCUCGGGGCUAUCUCGGAAGGUGCUGCUGAAGCCGUGCGCGGCGUCCAAGGCAACCACGCAGGAGCUCCUCCCCUACGACCUCUUCCUCGCGCCCCACCCUGCUGCUGCCGCCGCUGCUGCUGAAGCAGCAGCAGCAGCGGGGGAGGGCGCGAGCGCGUUGCUACGGGGGCCUUCAGGGGCGGGGUCGGUGGCGGCAGUGGUGGUGGAUGCGUGUGCGUUUGAGCGCAGGGUGGACGAGUGCCUUGGGCUGCUGGAGCCCUCCCCGUAUGUAGCAUCGCUCGUUCUCAAAGAGGAUGUGCACAGCAUCGCCAACUCUACCGCCUUCUAUGUUGAC